AUGGUCCGUUUCCUCACCGACAAGCGCGUAGCUCCAGCUGCCACUUCCACCCCCCAGCCCCUCCUCGUAAUCGGCGCCGGUCUCCCCCGCACAGCAACCUCCUCCCUCCAAGCCGCCUUGGAACAACUAAACAUAACUCCCUGCCUCCACAUGGCGCAAAUAAUCCCCCAUCCGUCACGUCAAGAACUUCUCAUCGCAACCACCCAAAGCAAAGACACCCCAACACGUCAAAAACAACUCCACACCCUAGUCUCCGGCUAUGCCGCUGUUUGCGAUAUGCCAGCUGUAUUCCAUCUCCCCGAUCUAGACAUGGGCUGA